CGUUUUCUAUUUUUGAUAACAACCAAGUUGUUUACAAAUGGUGGAACUGGGAAUUAGUGGUAGAGGUUUUAAUACAACAUAAUACAACACCAUGAGUAAGAAUCCAAACCCAUCUGGUGCCAGACCCAAACAGGGAACUGGUGGGAAAUCGUCUGCUUCUAAACCAGGAGCUGUUGGUAGUUCCAGUAAAUCAACAACAGCAGCAACCAGUAAACCAAAAACAACAAAUAAAGCUGUAGUUGCACGAGGGAAUAAAGCCAUGGCACCGCUAGUUGGUGGAAAUCAAAUCAAAAUGAAAGAAAUUGACGGAAUUCUCCACCCUGAAGGUUAUACAAUGAGAAAGAUUGAACCAGCUAAGAAUUAUGACGUAGUGUCAUUUGCUCGUGCUAUGAAUGAUGAUUUUGCUCCCAGGUUAAAGAAACUGUUUGAUAUAGAAACAGAGGCCGCCAUUGAAGCACAGAGAACCGGAAUCUAUAUAGGAUGGCGAUGUCCAGAAUUUAAACAUGAUUGUCAAAGAUUAACCAGACAUUCUAAAUGUUUCUGUGGCCAUCUGUUAGCUGAGCACAAUAAAUACACAGGUCGGAGUGUUCGAGUUCCAUGCCAACAAUGUUCCUGUAAAGCAUAUGCCUGGAUUCCUGCUAGACCGGAAGAAAUCGGAGAAUUUUGGCACCAAAGACGUCGUGAUUUUGAGCCCGCGUUAUGGCGAGCCAAAUGCAAAUGUAAACACCAUCAUGAACAGCAUGACCCUAAUACAAGUCACAGGUGUAAAGUGUCAGGGUGUUCAUGUGGUCGAUUCUUCUCCGACUUCCUGUGUGCAGCUUGUGAUCGCCAUUGGGAAGUUCAUGAAACAUUCUUUGAAACAGAAGAUAUACGUGCUGAAAAUGGUCUUCCAAUAGGUGAGCAUUAUCUGCCCUUUAAUGAGAUGCCGAAUUUACGGAACAUAACACUGACAGGUGAUGAAGAAGAUGAUUCCAUGUAUCGCGCACUGACUGGAGGUCAAGGGUCAAUUCCCCGAAACCAGCGAGCAAUAGGAAAUGAUGCACCAGUAAAUUUUGGUGGAGGUAGUUCUGGUAAAAGCGGAUUCCGUCCAACUUAUGACUAAAUCAAAUAAACUUAAAGCCGUUGGUCAUUCUUUGAAGGAUUUUGUAUCCCUUAUAAACUAUAUGUACAGAAAUGUAAGCAUUGAAUCUUUAAAGGAGACAAGUCUCUUAACUCAAUAUCCUCCACAGUCUUCGACAUUGCAAACACGACUUAUUGAUCAAUUUAAAUCAACACUGAUGUUGUUAUCUUACUGCGAAAAGAUGAGCUUCUAAUAUCCAAUAUUUAAGACAAAAUGAAAAUGUUUAAAUUGACAAACGAAUCCGUGCCAGAUUGUUUUCGAGCGCCAUUGGUAAUGAAGCGGCUCGGUGAACGAGACUAAACAUAUCCCACAGGAUAUUAAAUUAUACUUUUAAAUGGGUUCUUUUCACGCCGUGAAUAAUUAAAUAUUGUUUUUGGUUUGUUAAAGAUACAUUAUGUAAGAUUUGGAUAAAGAGCUGACCGUUCUUGCUAUAAUAGGUUUAAAAUAGAUAAUGUAAAAUGAAUAUAUUGACAAUUUCAUUCAAAUUACUUUAUUCUGAACCAAGUUAUUACUGUUUGUAGUAUUGACUAGAUGUGUGCAUUGAUUGUGUAUUAUCGUAACCAAGGUACUGGUAUAUUAGAGGCUUAGCCUAGCUUCCUCACUUUUAAAUUAAAUCAUUAAAUGGCGGGACCGUUCUAAUCUAGUUAAAAUCUCGAGUAUCCAACGGCAUCGAGAGUUGAUUAUGGUCUUGGCAUGUUAAUAAAUGUCUAAUUAAAAAUGUAUUUAACAUUUAAGGCCCAAAGAAAGACCUGCAAUAGAUAAAUUUAGCUCUUGCAUAAUGUAUGUUUAAACUUUGAAUUGAGUAGAUAUUAAACGGUGAUAUUAUAUAUUUUUUGAUGACGAUACCAGCGGCUUUGAAAUAGUUUUAUCUGUGAUAAUAUACCGUCUAUUAUUUUAAAAUAUGUAUUUUUAAAGCACACUGUGAAAUUGUAUUUAUAUUGUUUUGUCACGUAGCCUACCUAUACACUUAUUAUAAUUACCAACAUAUCAUCUUUCUCUAUUUUAUCCAAUGUUCUCUUUAAGCUUUUUUUGUGGAUAAAUGCAGGUGGGUAGUCUAUUUUCAGGACGGAUGGGAUGACGGGGGAAAUCCCCACACCCCGAGUUAGACACCUCAUGAUAUACAGAUAGGGGUAACCCUGGGGUAACCCUAAUUCUUGCCCAGAAUUCAUGAUAGAUGACUCUUCCGUAUGGAAAUGCCCCCCACCCCUCCAAGACCAGAUGGAUCUCUUCUUAUAGAUUAAUACAGUGCAAAAUCAAUCUUGCCGUGAUAAUGCUACCUCACCCAAAUUAUGGGGUUAGAUCGCAAGGUGUGUCAUUGAGUCAGGAGUAGGGUCGCCUACUAGUGGAUUUUCGCCGGGUCCUCCCUCUCUCUCUCUCUCUCUCUCUCUCUCCACCACUUACAAGAGGAGACCACGCUGGAAAUUCACGGGCAACGUUCGCAACCAUUGCUCGGAUCGAACCUCGGACCUCCAGGCUAGUGAACCAGCGACUUACUCACUGAGCCACCGUGGCUCACCAAUAUCAAAUAAUUACGUCAGAGUAUUUUCAUGUAAUUAUAAACAGCUCUAUUAAUAAAUGCUCUAUUAAAUUUAUUUGUAAUUGAAUUGAAAUGCAUAAUUAUUCAAUUAUAUAUCUAAUCAGAGACUUCCCGUCGAUUCUCCGGUUAAUAUUUGAAGAAGAAAAAACAUUUUUAUGGUUUUUAUUGAAAAUCCAGAUAUUAUAAACAAUCUUUUAUUUGA